CCCACCACCCCGCCGAGCUCCCCCGGCAAAACCAAGGCUAGGGCAUGAGUGGUUUACUCACACGUGUCGGUGGCUUCCCGUCUCCCCCGCACCCGAAGCCGCCAAACUGUACGCCAUUAGACAGGGUACUUCGUUCCUCCCUUCUCUUCCCUCCUCCGUUCCCACUGCUAAAAUCGAAGCAGAUAUGACGAUGAGAAAUUAAAAAUUUAAAAAAAAGGGAAAAAGAGAAAAGGGAAAAAAUAGCUAAAGCAAAGCGAGGGAAGGGAGGGGGUGAAGGAAAGAGAUUAAAGAAAGAAAGAAAGCACGAAAGAAGAAGAGUUCGAGAGAAGCUUCCGGUGGUUCCCUUCAGUUCCCUUUUUUUCCCUCUGGAGGAUGAGUUCGGAGACGAGAGAGAUCGGAAUCCCCACGCCAGUACCAGCUCAAUGAAUUCGGUUUUGUUUGAGGUUUAAUUUCUGGAUCAUAUUCCUCCAGCUCUCGCCUGUUUCUUGAAAUGAAAAUGAGAGCAAAUGGGACCAUACAAAAAGCUCAAAAGUUGAAGCAUGUGCAAGGGGAGGGACCAAAUUGGGUGCUUAUUGCAGGUGGUGCGUUGCUUAGCACACUGUCAAUCAGGCUUGGAUGCAAGCUGAAGCAGAUAUUUGAGACUAAGCAGUCCAAGAAUUCCAAUAAUGCAAAAGAGAAUGGAAAAAAUGUAGCCAAAAGGAGUCCAGGAGCUUGCCAGUUACAUUCAACAUUGUAUUGCUAUACUCAGGAUGAGGAUGGAUGUUACCACUGCCUCUCAGGUCCGCUUGGAAGUUGUGCGAUGCUAAAGAAAAGCAAUAUAUUUGAUAUGCAAAUUGAAAGUCUAGAUCAAUGCACACACUAUGUAACAAACUUAUUGCUAAGUAACUUGCAAGGGGCUUCGGAUGGUGCAGUGGAUAUUAAGCGACCACCUACUAGCCCAUUGUCAAAAGAAGCAGAUGUUUCACUCCCAUUAGUAAAGGUCCCUGAAGCAGAUUCAAAUAAAGAUGGUAGCGGGGUGAUAUGGGCAUCUUCACCUGAUCACCUAGAGCUGCCUCGGAGGCCCUUCCACCACUCAAACAGUUCAGACUCUCCCUGCAUCUCAGAAUCCGGAUCAGACAUCUACAGCAAACGAGAGGUGAUACACAAGCUCCGGUUGCAGCUCAAGAGACGGGAUGAAAUGAUAAUGGAGAUGCAGACCCAGAUCAUGGACCUACAGAAUUCUGUAAGCAUCCAAAUGACCCACUCAGCCAAUUUGCAGUCUCAGCUUGAUUCUGCAAACAGGGACUUGUUUGAUGCGGAAAGAGAGAUCCAGCGGCUAAGAAAGGCCAUUGCUGAUCACUGUGUUGCAGAGGCAGGCUUUCUGGAAAAACCUGUGACCACCAGAAAUUGGCGGCCGGAAGCCGUCAUUGGUCAGGUUAAUGGAUAUAUUGACAGCAUGGAUGAUGUAGAGUUGCACUGCAUUGGUGGGGAGAAGGUGAGAGAUGAUAGUGAGAGGGUUGAGAUGCUCAAGAGGAAAGUUGGAGAAUUAAAAGAAGUGAUUGAAGGAAAGGACUUUCUGCUUCAGAGCUAUAAGGAGCAGAAGGUGGAGCUAUGUUCAAAGAUAAAGGUGUUGCAGCUGAGACUAGAAUCUCAGGUACCUAAUAUCUUGUAAGACAGUAUUUUGAAUUUUUUUUGGGCGUUAGCCCUCUAACCUGAGAGCUGUUUGCUUCUUUUUAUUUGUGCUGCAAAUUUUCAUGUUUGUAUAGUUUCUGGCAUCUCCAUGCUUGUCUAAUAUUUUCGCAUAAAAGGAACCUCAGUCUGAGAAGAACAGAUUAGGCAAGACCCAACUUGUUAGGCCAUUUACAUUUAUGAUUGCUUCAAGCAAUUUGGAAGUAUUUUGGCAGCUCGGAAUCGCUGUUGAGUCCUGAUGAAGGGGAGAAGUCUGGAUGAAUCAAAACUCGAGUCACCAGCUAACCGAUCCUUGUUAGUUCUUUGCUAAUGCAUCAUCCAAGUUUGCUCGUUCCCACUGCAAUUCAAGUGUGAAACAGCUAGCUUUUGAUGUCUUCAUUUGAAAGGCUUACUUUGACGUCUUAAAUCUGUGCAGCAGCUUCUGCAGACAGUCAUCCUGUUAUUAUUUAAUUGAUCUUGCGUUUCAAAUA